AAAUAUAAAAAUUUCUUAUCCAACCAAAAGGCAAAGGAGGAGAGUGAGUAGGGAAGGAGACACGAAGCGCUCUGAACAAACACAAAAAAUGGCGAUAACACCUCUACGAAUCACGACCCCUAUCCCAUCUCUGAGCUUCCUUCCAACCGGAAAGCCACACGCUUCAAAGCUCUUCACCGUCCGCGCCACCGACGUCGAAUCAACGGAAGAGACUCCUCAACCCGACUCAGACACCGAAGACUUCGAGUCACGUCUCUCGAACAUCCGUCUCAGAUACCGAAGCGGAACCGGGAAGAAAGCAGAGGUUAGAAAGUCUAAGAAAGGCUCAGCAGGGCCACCGUCGGGGCUUUACUUGCCGCCGGUGAGUUUAAAGGAGCCGGUUUCGGGCGGGUUGAAGGUGGAGUUGGGGUUUACGCCUUACACCGAGCGGCUCAACGGGAGGAUGGCGGGGUUGGGGCUCGCGGCUUUGCUUCUGGUUGAGCUGGCGACGGGGAAGAGCUUGCUGAGUUACCACACGCCUUCAGUUGUGUGGCUUCAGGUGUAUUUCAUGGCGGCUGUUUCGGCUAUGUUUGUUAAGAUUGAGAAGGAGAAGGUUAGUGUCUGGCCUAAGGAUUAAAAGGUCUAUGUGAUAAUGUUGCUUUUGUGAUUGAAAGGUGUAUGCUUUUGUAUUGUAUAUGUAAUGUAUACUCUACAGAAUUGAACAGUUACUUUGGAGUGAGUUUGUUGUUGUUCUUGUUGUUUUGAGUAAAUGCAAAUGCAAGUUUUUUAAAAUAA